AGUUUAUAUACGUGGAUCGACGAUUUCCUGCUUCUCGAUCGUCCUCACCGUCGACACUAGCAAAACCCAAUAUUACUGUGUUUUGGCCUGAAAUUCAAGAUCAGGAAUGGCCUCUCCGGCCAUCCAGAGAUCUCCAUUACAACGCCUCUCCACAUUCAAAGAAACUCCGGCACAACCACCGUCAGCCGCCACUCCAACUCCUCGCACCGCCACUCCCACCCCACUCUCCCCCUCCUUCUCCGUCAUAGAUUCCUUCUCCUCGGACCCCAUUUUCUCCGCUUUCCUCUCCGAGGACUUCGAUUCCACUCGAUUCUCCUCCGCCGCCCUCUCUUCCGGCUCAGCCGCUUCCCGCAUUGAGAAACUCCAAGAGGGCCUCCGCCUCCUCGACUCCCAAUUGCGCCACGAAGUUCUCUCCCGCCAUCAGGACCUCCUCCAACAGCUCUCCUCCAUCAACGCUACCGAUUCUGCUCUUUCCUCGCUCCGAUCCUCUGUCUCUUCUCUUCAAUCCUCCGUCCGGAAAAUCCGGUCCGAGCUAACGGAGCCCCACCGUCUGAUUUCCACCAAAACCCUACAGUUAUCUAACAUUCAUUCUACCACUGAGCUCCUGCAAUCCACGAUUAGGACUCUCAGGUUGUCCAAAAAACUUCGGGAUUUAUUUGAUUCUGCUCCCGAUCCCGAAAAGCUUGAUCUAUCCAAGGCAGCCCAGCUGCAUUUUGAGAUACUGACCUUGUAUAAUGAAUCCCAUUUAGCCGGGAUUGAUGUUGUGGAUUCCGAGCUUAAAUGGGUUUUGGAAAUAGGGCAAAAAUUGCGGGCUGAAGGGAUGAGAGUGCUCGAAAGAGGCCUUGAAGGGUUGAAUCAGGCUGAGGUUGGAGCUGGUUUGCAAGUGUUCUAUAACAUGGGAGAGUUGAGGGGAACAGUGGAUGGAUUGGUGAGUAAAUAUAAGGCAAUGGCAACUAAGAGUGUGAGCGUGGCAUUGGAUAUGAAGGCCGUUUCAGCUGGGGGCGGAGGAGGAGGGUUCCCUGGACCGGGAGGGGUACAGAGGAGUGGGACGCCGCAGCUUGGUGGCGGGACAAAAGCAAAGGACGCGCUUUGGCAGAGGAUGAACGUUUGUAUGGAUCAGCUGCAUUCCAUUGUUGUUGCUGUUUGGCAUUUGCAGAGGGUAUUAUCUAAGAAGCGCGAUCCUUUUACCCACGUCUUGCUCCUUGAUGAGGUCUUGCAGGAAGGGGACCCGAUGUUAACUGAUCGCGUUUGGGAUGCUCUAGUUACGUCUUUUGCUAACCAAAUGAAGUCUAUUUUUACCGCAUCAAGCUUUAUGAAAGAGAUUUUCACUGUCGGCUAUCCAAAGCUCUUUUCCAUGAUAGAAAACCUACUUGAAAGAAUUUCACGAGAUACAGAUGUUAAGGGAGUUCCACCAGCUCUCACUCCGGAAGGAAAGGAUAAAAUGAUGGCAGCGAUUGAAAUCUUUCAGACUUCAUUUUUAACUCUCUGUCUGGGUCGUUUGUCGGAACUCGUCAACUCUGUAUUUCCCAUGUCAAGUCGGGCUACUGUUCCAUCCAGAGAACAUAUACUGAGGAUUGUGUCGCGAAUUCAGGAAGAAAUUGAAGCAGUGCAGCUGGACGCACGUCUGACUGUCCUUGUCUCGCGUGAGAUCACUAAAGUACUGUAUUUGCUGGGUGAAAGAGCUGAAUACCAGAUAUCAGCAGGACCUGAAGCUCGCCAAAUAACAGGACCUGCAACUUCAGCACAGCUGAAGAACUUUGCUCUAUGCCAGCACCUUCAAGAAAUUUAUACCCGUCUAUUUCCCCUUUUGGGAGGUUUGCCUGUGACUGCUGCUGAGUCUUUGUCUCCUGCCCUUGAUGCAAUAUAUCGUGUUGCAUGUGAUUCGGUUACAUCUUUGUUCCAAACAAUGCGUGAUCGUCUUGAGUCGUGUAUUCUGCAAAUUCAUGACCAGAAUUUCGAGACUCCUGAAGCUGCUAUGGAUAACAAUGCAUCACCAUACAUGGAAGAGUUGCAGAAGAUCACUCUCCAUUUCCGAACUGAAUUUCUAUCCAAGCUGUUGCCUAAGUCUGCAAGUGCAGCAUCUGCCGGAACUGAAUUCAUAUGCACUGGGCUUUUGAGGAGCAUGGCUUCGAGGGUUUUGACUUUUUUCAUUCAACAAGCAUCACUGGUUAGACCUCUGUCAGAAUCUGGCAAGUUGAGGAUGGCCAAAGAUAUGGCUGAACUGGAGUUGACAGUAGGCCAGAAUUUGUUCCCUGUAGAACAACUUGGUGCACCGUAUCGGGCUCUCCGGGCUUUCAAGCCUAUACUUUUUCUGGAAACUUCAGAGCUGGAGACAUCCGCCCUUCUUCAAGAUCUACCAUUAAGUGUCAUACUGCAUCACUUGUAUUCGCGGGCACCCGAAGAACUGCAAUCACCCAUGGAAAGGAACCGCCUUACUCCUCAAAAGUAUUCAUUGUGGCUCGAGGAAAAAGGGGAAGAUCAGAUCUGGACAGGAAUCAAAGCUACUCUCGAUGAUUACGCUGCUAAGGUGAGAGCAAGAGGAGACAAGGAGUUCAGUCCUGUGUAUCCUCUUAUGUUGAAGCUCGGGUCAUCAUUAUCAGGAAACAAGUCCGACUCUUGAUGUUUUGUUCGAGUAGAUGGUAUUUAUACUAAGGUUUUCUUCCUUUGCUGAGUUCCCUGCUUUUUUAUGUCCUGACUGAUUCAUCUCAUAGGAUUACUUAGUAUGUUAACAAUGUACUAGAAUGCCGUUGUUUUUUAUAUACAUGAUAAUCACUCUCGCAUAUCUGAUAGGAUUCUCUUCCAACUUGUACAAUGGAUGAACCUUGUUGGCACAGAAAACCAGACAUUCAAUAUACUGAAUAUUUUGGCAUGAUAUGUACCGCAGUAGGUCUAUUUCGUUGUCUCUUUGUUUCAUGGGGGAAGGGAGAAUUGGCUUGUUGCAGAUUUGCUAUUGACAGGAACCAAGGUUUCGCUUAUUGAAAUGGAACAUAAGGCACAAUCCACAUAUUACUGGCAGGGUACAAUUGUUAUACCAUUAUCCUUCUUCGAGUGUGUUGUACAUUUUAACUAAGCUAGCAAUUGAUAUUACUGAAAGCUAGUGAUUGAUAUUACUGAUGAGACACAAUUGCCUCGUGUUGUAAUUUGUUGUUCCUUGGAAUGUAUAGUUCCCUAUCCCAAAAUGAUUUUCUUUUUUAUUGUGCCCUGUAUCUUGGGAUAGAGGGAGUAUAUGUUAUGAUUUAGAUAGUGUUUAUUAGAGAAUUGCUCGAGUCCAGCGCAGGGAAGGCCUUAAUAAGAUAAUCAUUUAUUAAAAACUUAUUUUACUGUAGUGCCAAAAAUUGGGCAGUCCUUUUCUUGUAUGAAUCGUUCAUUAGCAGCCUUUUUGCCUUGAAUAUAUUUUAAUAGCAGCUUUCCAAAGCUUAAAUAGAAC